UCUAGAACAAAUGUAAAUGACUUGCAAGUUACAGCAUAAUAAGAAGCAUGAUCCCCAGAAAUUCAACUGGUUGUUUAUAAUUUCUCAUUUCAUUGGAUGAUUAUUGUUAUUGUAUGUUGAUUCAUACAUUAAAGAGAUAAUUAAACAGCUCAUUUUAGAGCAUAUUUGUUGACUUUAAAGGAAAAGUGGUUUGGACAUGACUGCCAUCAGAAAUAACGAUAAAGAGGCAUUUCAUAUGGUUAUUAAACCAUCAAUCAACACUAGUUGGACUAAAAUCCAUACGUAUAUACCUGUUGAUAAAUGAACCUUAAUCAUUUAUUUUUAAGGCUCAUUACAGCUUUUUUUUAAUGAUAGAAACAGGUGUCCUAUUUGGAAACACACUGACACCAUUGGAAAGGUGUCCUUUUUAACUCUGUGCCAGCAUAUGCAAUAGAUGUCUCAUAUUUCAGUCCCUCAUUUUAAUACAUUUGGUUCAUUCUAACCUUUAAUUAAUUAUAUAAAGCUUUAUUUUAAUAAAAAGUCCCCUAUGAAUAGUCUGCACCAAUUGUACCCAAUGGCAGAGCUUGGCAGCUGGCCUGUUUAGAGCCUUUCUGCGCCCACAGCUGCCUCCAGACGUGACAGUCAGCUCUCUGUAUAGACUAUCUGACUGUUGGAAGCCUGAAAUAUUUGAAUAUCAUUGGGGGAGGUCAUCUGUGGCUUGAGGAGGGGGCUGGUCGAUAGGGGUUCAUAUAUGCCUCUGCAAUGGAGCAAGUGGAGACUUGCAUUAUAUGGUGGCCAAAGGGCCAUUUUUGAGGCUCCAGGGCCAUCUGUACACCAGUUUAAAUGGUAUAGUCCAGUUUGAACACCCCUCCAUAUUGAGCUAAAAUGGAAGAGCCUCUUUUGCAGUGUUUGCUGGGAAGAAGAAGUACAGUCGGUGUUGGGACUUUGGAGAGGAGGUAGCAAUCUGAAGAGCCAGGAACUUGUAAAGAAAAGAAAACAAGAUCUCCAUUUGGGACGUCCAGUAUCUCACUGCAACGUGAACUAAACGAUAAGACUGUUCUACAAUCUUCCUCCGGACGCAAUGGCUGACAAUGAGAUAUUUGAUGACCCAGAGAAGCUGAAGAGGGGUCUAGUGAAGGUUCUGGAGUGUGUGGCCACCAUCUCAUCUGCAGCAGCGGUGGUCAAUCCCAUCUUCGGCGUGGCUGGUUCCCUCAUCCGGGUGGUGCUGCACCACGUGGACGAUGAAGACAUCCAGAAACUCAAACGUGAGUUUGGCAGCGUGAAUCGAGCCCUGGACGAAAUCUCACAGCAGAACCGUCAAGCCCUGCUGCAAAUCCGAAAGGAAACGGUGGACAAACAGUACCACGAGGUAGAAGAAAACAUCCGCAAUCAGUUCCGCAAAUUCAUGGAGAUUGUGGAGGCCAAACCUGAGCAAGUGCAACGCAAGAAAGAUGAUUUCGUCGAGAGUUUCAUCAAUGAUAAAGAUGACCAGAACAUGUACACGCUUUAUGAAGGCGUGAUGGGGAAGCGCAAACUCUUCAGCCAGCCCAUCCUAGACGUCUACAUGAAGCAUUCACAGGGUGACCAGCGCGUCAUGGAAAACCUCUGCACUCGACUCGCAUACCUGUUCUGCAUCGGUUUCAUCGCUCUGAUGGGCUACUACGGCAUCCUGGGGGAUGAUCUGGAAUCACGAAACGAAGAGUGGGAAGAGAAUAUGAGGAACGUGCAGGAGAAAAUGCAGGAGGUCCUGAGGAGAUGCAAGUGAUCGUGAAAGCUUUCUGUACAACCAUGCUCUUUAUUGUCUUCGUGCUCCGCCUUUUUUCUCUUACUCUAAUAGAUUUCAUCGACCUGCAGCAUUAUAUUCCUGAUAAUCACAGGUCAUGCUGAAGUGUACACAAUCAUUUCCUCUAAUCUGGGUUUUUUUUUUUUUUGCAGUCACAUUUCUUCUUCACUGAUACCUUGCAUCAGUUUAACACGACAUGACAAAGAUAGUUCACACUUAUCUACAGAAUGCUGGUUGUGGUUAUAUAAAUAUUAUUAAAGUUCAUACUCAUUCAUAAGCAAUCUCAUCUUGAAAAUUGUUUUAAAAAGCUUCAAGGCUACAUGAUGAACAACUUGUUUCCUGAAUAAAUAAAAAGUAUAUACAGUUAUAAAAUAUAUUCUAGAAAAAUAUUAUCUAUCUAUCUGUCUAUCUAUCUAUCUAUCUAUGAAUGUUGCAAAAUAAAGAGCAUGGAAUUUAAUAUCUGUGCAUACUAAGAUAGAAAUGUCUCUCUGAAAUGUUCAUGUUUAUGCAUCUUUUCGGCACAUUAGCUACAGAUUUUAGUGUGCAUUUAAUUGUAUCCUGUGUGUCGUAAAAAAAAUGUUAGUGCCAUUAAGAACAUAUUAUCAGAGCGUAUUUUUUAAUAUGAGGGGUAAAAUCUAAACUGAACGUUAUUUUUUUGCAUUCCUUUGACCCUUUUGUUUGGGAUAUAUUAAAACAUUACAGUUGAUGUACAGUGCUACACAUUUAGUCCGACAUAGCUGAAGUUCAUCUAGAUAACCGUGGUUUUUUUUUUUCACAUUUGUUUAUCCAUAAAGCUCUGCAAUAUACAUAAAUGUAACUAAAUUAUGUGUUUGUGUGCUUUUUUAAUGACUCAUGGAUUGGAACACGUUACCUUCCUAAUCAUUAUUAAAAUACAAAAAAAAAAAAAAAAACUCUUGGAAUGCCAUUGCACUUAUAACGCUGUACAAUAUUGUUACAUUUUUCAAUAAAGAUACAAUGAAUGGA